AUGUCUCUUGUGGCCACGCUCCCGGAUGAUAAGCUCGAGAUUCUCAAGACAGCAUGGACGCAGCUCUUCACGCGUCUCACCAACGACAGCACCACUUUGUCGCACUGGCAAACGACGUUUCCCGAUGAAGCGUCUAGCACGCCAGAUGAAGCCUCAAAACACAUGCUUUAUGAGCUGUUCGACCUCGCUGCGUUUGAUGAUAUGGAUCAUACCAUGCUGCGGUACCUCAGAGCGCGAAAGUACAAUGUUGACGCUGCGCUCAAGAUGAUGAUUGACACGCUCAUUUGGCGAAAGACUAUGGAUAUCCGUAAAAUCAUGCAGGAAGGUGAAGAAGCGCUUGAGAAUAGACUGGUGGAUGCUGGAAUGUACUUUAUCUGGGGACAAGACAAGCAAGGCAGGCCGAUUGUCUUCCUGAAUGUCGGCAGCUUCUUGCCAACGCACAACAAGCAAGAAAUUGAUAGCUUCACGCGCUAUCUUGUAUAUCACAUGGAGACGGCUCGCUUCUUUAUCGGCACGAAAGGUGUCAUGGCCUUAGCAGAUCUGUCCGACUUUGGCAAGAAGAAUAUUGAUAUGGAGAUGGCCAAAGUGUUUGCCGCACUGUUUCAGAACCACUACCCAGAAAUCCUCGGCCAGGCACUUGUUGUUGGCAGUGGCUUCAAAAUGAUGGUCUUUGAAGGUGCAUACUCUGUCAUCAAGAUGUUCCUCGAUCCUGAAGUACGGCGAAAGAUUGCCUUCGGCAAGACAAAGGAUAUUCCAGACUACAUACAAGCCGACUUCAUCCCGACUUCGCUCAACGGUACAUUCGUGGAGAAGAAGAUUCGGCAAGAAGCACCAGCGGCGAGCCCGCCGCGUGAGGUUGAUGUGGUGGCACUGAAGCAACGUCAAUCAGAGGCCAUCACCGCCUUCAAGGACUUGCCGUGGGGCGCACAGAGAGAUGCUAAGAAGCUGGAGCUGCGCAAACUCUGGCUCGACAUGGCUGCGUCAAGACCGCAAAACCUCUACCAGAGACUAGGCCUCAUUACAGAAGAGGGCGUCAACUGGGACAGGGCAUUACAAACAAGCAAAUAG